AUGAAAAAAAAAUAUGCAGCUUCUUAUAUUUCAUGCUCUUUGUUUUUGGCAUAUUUUUUCCUUAUUGAUUUAAUAUCCUCGGCAUCUUUUGACCCAACGUCAACAGAGAAACUAUUUGAUGAUGAUGAAGCGAAAGCUUGUGAUAACAAAAUUUUGCAAUUUCAAAAUCCUUUAAGUGAAAACAAUCCAUUAAGGGAUGAAAAUUAUUUAAGGGGAUCAAAUUCCACAAAAAGAGAAACACCAUGUUUUGAAGAACCAAAUUUCACUAUUGACGAUAUCAUUGAUACUGAUAUAUGGCUAGAUCAAUUGUAUAUUAAGUGGAAUAGCCUCAUACGAUCUUCUAGAGAGCAAAUAGAAACAGAAGAACAGAUAAAAAAAAAUGAAUGGCAUAAAAAAUUAACAGAAUUGGAAGAAGAAUGGGAAAAAUUUUAUUCUUAUAUAUCCACAAAGAAAGAUGUAUGGCUUAAAAAAAAAAACGAUGAAUGGAAUACAUGGAUUAAAAAAAUGGAGUCAAAAUGGAUUGCAUAUAAAGGUCAUAUUGAUAACGAGUUAUAUGAUAGUAUAGAAAGGUGUUCACCAGAAGAUAAUAUAUCUAUAGUAAAUCAAUUAAAAAGUAAUGUUGAACAAAAUAUGAUAGAAGAUUUAAAAAAAUGGAUUGAUAAAAGUGAUCAUAAUUUAUAUAAAUGGAUAAUUUGUGACUGGAACAAAUGGAAAAGUAAUUUCAUGUUAGAUUGGUCUAAACAACAAUGGAAACUUAAAGAAGAUAGCUAUUGGAAGAAAUUUACAAAACCAAAAACACGAACUGAUCCCUUUUUUUUCUUAAUCAAGGAAAAAUACGAUAAAUGGGCUGAAAGGAAUAAAAUGGAGCAAGACCAAUGGACAGAUAUAACUAGUAAAUUAGAAAGCAAAUAUUUAACUGCAAAACACGCUGAUUGGGAAGAAUGGAAAAUCAACAAGCGUGAAUGGUAUGGUAAAUGGAUUUCAUAUUAUAUUGAGAAUUUUGUAAAUAUGAGAGCGGUAUGUAGAUAA